CCGCCGUUGUCGCUUUGAAAGUAAAAAUAGCACAAUGCUUCGGCUGGGGAGAGCUGCGGCUGGGUGCAGGGCGCUCGCCGCGCCGCACCCCCGGGGGGUCGGCGGCCACAGCCAGAGAUCCUCGUCUGGGGGGAAGGAGAUCAUGGUCAAUGUGCACGGCGGGGAAAGCAGCGGAAUUGCUGAAAUCCUGAUGAACAGAGCCCAUGCCAGAAAUUCACUGGGAAGAGUACUUGUUAAUGAACUAUUCAGAGUUCUAGAAAGUCUCCGUUGUGAUGAAAGGAUCCGCGUGGUAGUGUUUAAAAGUGAAGUCAAAGGCGUGUUUUGUGCAGGUGCUGACUUAAAGGAGCGUGCACAAAUGAAUGAUACAGAGGUUGGACACUUUGUUCACAGGCUGAGAAGUUUAAUGGAUGAAAUUGCUGCACUGCCUAUGCCCACAAUAGCUGCAAUAGAAGGCUAUGCAUUGGGUGGGGGAUUGGAAUUGGCAUUAGCGUGUGAUCUUCGAAUAGCAGCUUCAUCAGCUAAAAUGGGCCUGAUUGAGACCACCAGAGGACUUCUUCCAGGUGCAGGUGGAACCCAACGCCUGCCCCGCUGUAUUGGAAUAGGUCUUGCUAAGGAACUCAUUUUCACUGGCAGACAGAUUAAUGGACAAGAAGCACUCUCAAUAGGAUUAGUAAACCACACAGUGCCACAGAAUGAUGAAGGGGAUGCUGCUUACCAGAGAGCAUUAACCUUAGCUAAAGAAAUUCUUCCUCAGGCUCCCAUCGCUGUGAAAAUGGGUAAACUGGCAAUAAACAGAGGGAUAGAGGUGGAUAUUGCAUCGGGGAUGGCUAUUGAGGGAAUGUGUUAUGCACAGAAUAUUCCUACAAGAGACCGCCAAGAAGGGAUGGCUGCCUUCAGAGAGAAACGUCCACCCCAGUUUAUUGGGGAAUAGCCCUCCAAGGAUUUCCUUAUUCCAGGGCAUGAGUCUUUAGGAAGUAAAAUGGAGGUGCACAACCUUAAACUUAAU